AUGCGGGUGCUCGGCCUCGUCCUGGCGGCGCUGUGCGCGGCCGCGGCUCAGCGGCGGGCGCUGGAUGGGGGCGGCCGGCGGCGCUUCCACCGCGUGCAGCACGGGCACUGCAGCUACACCUUCGUGCUGCCCGAGGCCGAGCCGGCGCCCUGCCCGCCCAACGCCGCCCCCGGCCCCGCCAACGCGCUGCAGAGGGACUCGCCGGCCGGCACCGCGCACGCCGCCCGCGGGGCUGCCCAGCGCCUGCAGCACCUCGAGAGGAUCCUGGAGAACAGCACCCAGUGGCUGCUGAAGCUGGAGAGCUACAUCCAGAGCAGCAUGAAGCCGGAGAUGGCGCAGCUGCAGCAGACGGCGGUGCAGAACCAGACGGCCACCAUGCUGGAGAUCGGCAGCUCCCUCCUCAACCAGAGCGCCGAGCAGACCCGCAAGCUCACCGACGUGGAGGCCCAGGUGCUGAACCAGACGUCGCGCAUCGAGAUGCAGCUGCUGGAGAACUCCCUGUCCACCAACAAGCUGGAGAAGCAGCUGCUGGUGCAGACGAACGAGAUCCACAAGCUGCAGAGCAGGAACAACAUCCUGGAGGUGCGGGUGCUGGAGGUGGAGGCGAAGCACCAGGCGGAGCUGGCGGGGCUGCGCUCGGAGAAGGAGAGGCUGCAGCGCCUGGUGAGCCGGCAGAGCGGCACCAUCGAGGACCUGGAGAAGUCGCUGCUGGCCGCCAGCGCCAACUCCAGCCUGCUCCAGCGGCAGCAGCUGCAGCUCCUCGAGGCGGUGCAGGGCCUGGUGCGCCUCGUCUCGCAGGGCAGAGCCCCGCUGCCCGGGGAGGAGCAGCUCUUCCAGGACUGCGCCGAGCUGCGCCGCGCCGGCUUCCGCGCCAGUGGGGUCUACACCCUGCACAUCGCCAACCUCAGCGAGCCCAGAAAGGCCUUCUGCGACAUGGAGACGGACGGCGGGGGCUGGACGGUCAUCCAGCUCCGCGCCAACGGCAGCCUCAGCUUCCAGAGGAGCUGGAGGGAGUACAAGCAGGGUUUCGGGGAGGCGGCGGGCGAGCACUGGCUGGGUAACGAAGCCGUGCACCUGCUGACGAGCCGGGCGCCCUACGCCCUGCGCGUGGAGCUGCGGGACUGGGAGGGCGGCCAGGUCUAUGCCCACUACGGGAAGUUCCAGCUGGGCAGCGAGCGGCAGCUCUACAGGCUCUCGCUGCAGGACUACAGCGGCACGGCCGGGCAGCAGAGCGCCUUGGCCCUGCAGGGCACCAACUUCAGCACCCGCGACGCCGACAACGACAACUGCCUCUGCAAGUGCGCCCAGAUGCUGUCGGGAGGCUGGUGGUUCGACGCCUGCGGCCUCUCCAACCUGAACGGCAUCUACUACCCGGCCCGGCACAACAUCCGCAAGCUCAACGGCAUCCGCUGGCACUACUUCCAGGGGCCCAGCUACUCGCUGAAGGGCACCCGCAUGCUGAUACGGCCCGCGGGCUUCUAGCGCGCCGGCGGACCCCGUGCCGGCCCCGAUGGAACCGAGCCGCCCGGCUGCGGGAGCUGCAGGGAAGCUUCCCCCCCCCCCCCCCCCCCCCAGUUAUUAUUUCUCACCCUUGUUUUCUCGUCCCCUGGGAGCCCGUGCGGAGCGGUGCCGGGAGGGAGCCGCUCGCCGUGCCGAGGAGCUGGGGGUUGCAGGACCCGUGGGGGGGGGAGCUUCGCCGUGUGUAACCCAUCCCCUCCCAGCUCGGAUUCUCACCGCCCACCCGUGUCAGUGGGGUUUCUGGCUGCCCCCACCACCUCGUGCAGGGGCGGGUGUCUGGGAGCCCCGGCACCUCCUGCGCGCUCAGCCCGGAGGGGCGGCCAGCCCGAGCUCUGCCUUUUCUCUCUGUUUUAGGGCAUUGCGUUUUGCUUUUUUGGCACCGUUUUGGUUUCCCCGCGGGUUCAGCAGGGCUGGCGUGCGAGUGCCCCAGGAGCUCAAGGCACUGGUGGCACCUCUCCUCCCCGCACGGCCGUGCCAGGGGACACGGCUGUCCCCUGCUGCGUGCACCAGCCCCGUGCACCACCCAGCCGUGCACGCUGGGCGCUGCUCCUCGCAGGAUGGGGCCGGUGGGAAGGGACAGGGGCAUCCCUUGAGACAUGAGGGACCUGGCCCUGGUGUGGUGGGUGACGGCC